AUGUCUUGUACAACUGUAACAACAAAUGCAGGUGUUCAAAUGCCACGUUUAAUAUAUGGUACAGCAUGGAAAAAAGAAGCAACAAAAGACCUUGUCAUUCAAGCUGUACUUAAUGGAUUUCGUGGAAUUGAUACAGCAUGUCAACCGAAACAUUAUCGUGAAGAUCUCGUGGGUCAAGCACUUGUUGAACUUCAAACAAAACAUAAUAUACCUCGUAAAGAUUUAUUUAUUCAAACAAAAUUUACAAGUAUUGAUGGACAAGAUCGAUCGAAACCAUUACCAUAUGAUCCUCGUGUAUCAUUAACUGAACAAGUUCGUCAAUCAUUUACAACAUCAUUAGAAAAUUUACAAACCGAUUAUCUUGAUUCAUUAGUACUUCAUGGUCCUGAACGAUCACAUGAAUUAACUAUGCAAGUUUAUCGUCAAUGUGAAAAAUUUGUUGAUGAAGGUCGUGUUAAACAAUUAGGUAUUAGCAAUUUAUAUAAUUUAAAUAAUUUAAGAAAAUUAUAUGAAGAUGCUCGACAUAAACCUGCUGUUAUACAAAAUCGUUUUCAUGCUGAAACAAAUUAUGAUCAUGAUAUACGACAAUUUUGUCAAGAAAAAAAUAUUUUUUAUCAAAGUUUUUGGACAUUAACAGCUAAUCCACAUAUUCUUGGUCAUCCACUUAUUAAAGAACUUGCACAAGAACGUAAUGGUACACCAGCUCAAAUAUUCUUUCGAUUUUUAAUUGAUAUUGGUUUAACACCAUUAACUGGCACAACAGAUGAAAAACAUAUGAAAGAAGAUUUACAAGUACUUCAUUGGCAUUCACUUGAUCAUGAAUCUGUUACUAAACUUAAAAAACUUAUUCAUGAUUAA